AUGUCUGAGGCGGGCGGUGCGGCGGCGGCGGCCGCGCUGCCCCGGCGCCGCUCCGGAGGCAUGCGGGCGGCCUGGGGCUCCGUCUGGUGCCUGUGCCUGGCGGCGGCCGUCGGCGGGAUGCCGGCGGCACGGCGACAAGGCGGCGGCAAGGCGGCGACGAGGAGCGGCGGGCAACCGGCAGAAUACUUGAGGAGCGAGACCGCCUUUCUGGAAGAGCUGGUGUUUGGAAAUGGAGAUACCAUUGAACUUUCCUGCAACACCCAAGGCUCUUCUGUGUCUGUUUUCUGGUUUAAAGAUGGUAUUGGAAUUGCACCUACCAACAGAACUCAUAUUGGACAAAAACUGUUGAAGAUAAUCAAUGUGUCAUAUGAUGACUCAGGGCUGUACAGUUGCAAGCCAAGGCAUUCCAAUGAGGUCCUGGGAAACUUUACAGUCAGAGUUACAGAUUCCCCUUCGUCAGGUGAUGAUGAGGAUGACGAUGAUGAGUCAGAAGAUACAGGUGUCCCCUUCUGGACCCGGCCAGAUAAGAUGGAGAAGAAGCUGCUGGCAGUUCCCGCCGCCAACACCGUUCGCUUCCGAUGCCCGGCGGGUGGAAAUCCAACCCCUUCCAUCUACUGGCUGAAAAAUGGCAAGGAGUUCAAAGGGGAGCACAGGAUUGGGGGCAUUAAGCUGCGCCACCAGCAGUGGAGCCUGGUGAUGGAGAGCGUCGUGCCGUCAGACCGAGGGAAUUACACCUGUGUCGUGGAGAACAAAUAUGGCAACAUCAGGCACACCUACCAGCUCGAUGUGCUAGAAAGGUCACCCCACCGACCAAUCCUGCAAGCAGGGCUCCCUGCCAACCAGACUGUGGUGGUGGGGAGCAAUGUGGAAUUUCACUGCAAGGUCUACAGCGAUGCCCAGCCUCACAUCCAGUGGCUGAAACACGUGGAAGUCAAUGGCAGCAAGUACGGACCCGAUGGAACCCCCUAUGUGACAGUGCUGAAGUCUUGGAUCAGUAAAAACGCUGAAGCCGAUGCUAACCUAAAUCUGUUCAAUGUGACAGAACAAGAUGAAGGAGAAUAUCUGUGUAGAGCCAACAAUUUCGUAGGCAUAGCCGAAAAGCCAUUUUGGCUCCACAUUCGCAAACCAAAACCAGCCGAGGAGCUCAUGGAGAUGGAUGAUUCGGGCUCAGUGUACACUGGCAUUCUCAGUUAUGGCACUGGCUUUUUCCUCCUUCUCCUGGUGCUGGUCUUGGUGAUUGUCUGGAGGAUGAAAAUGCCAAACAAAAAAGCCAUGAACACCCCCACUGUUCAGAAAGUCUCCAAAUUCCCACUCAAGAGACAGGUAACAGUGUCGCUGGAGUCCAACUCUUCCAUGAAUUCCAACACGCCGCUGGUCCGGAUCACGCGCCUCUCCUCCAGCGACGGGCCCAUGCUGGCCAACGUCUCCGAGCUGGAACUGCCUCCAGAUCCCAAGUGGGAAUUGACACGCUCUCGCCUGACCCUGGGGAAGCCGCUUGGCGAGGGCUGCUUUGGCCAAGUGGUGAUGGCAGAAGCCAUUGGGAUUGAUAAGGACAAGCCAAACAAGGCCAUCACAGUUGCUGUCAAGAUGCUGAAAGAUGAUGCCACAGACAAAGACCUUUCUGACCUGGUCUCUGAGAUGGAAAUGAUGAAAAUGAUUGGGAAGCACAAAAACAUUAUUAACCUCCUCGGUGCCUGCACACAGGAUGGACCACUCUACGUGUUGGUGGAAUACGCGUCAAAGGGGAACUUGCGGGAAUACCUCAGGGCACGGCGCCCACCUGGCAUGGACUAUUCCUUUGACACCUGCAAGCUGCCCGAGGAGCAGCUGACCUUUAAGGACCUGGUUUCCUGUGCCUACCAGGUGGCACGGGGCAUGGAGUACUUGGCAUCUCAGAAGUGCAUUCAUCGCGACUUGGCAGCCAGGAACGUGUUAGUCACUGAAGAUAAUGUGAUGAAAAUUGCUGAUUUUGGCCUCGCUAGAGACGUUCACAACAUUGACUAUUACAAGAAAACCACCAAUGGUCGGCUGCCUGUGAAAUGGAUGGCUCCAGAAGCCUUGUUUGACCGGGUCUACACUCACCAGAGCGAUGUCUGGUCUUUUGGAGUGCUACUAUGGGAGAUCUUCACUUUGGGAGGGUCUCCAUACCCAGGAAUUCCUGUUGAGGAACUCUUCAAGCUCUUGAAGGAAGGCCAUCGGAUGGACAAACCUGCAAACUGCACCCAUGAUUUGUACAUGAUCAUGCGGGAGUGCUGGCAUGCCGUCCCCUCGCAGCGACCCACCUUCAAGCAGCUGGUGGAAGACCUGGACAGGGUCCUCACUGUGACAUCCACCGAUGAGUACCUGGACCUCUCAGUGCCCUUCGAGCAGUACUCACCGGCCGGGCAGGACACCCACAGCACCUGCUCCUCAGGGGAUGACUCGGUCUUUGCACAUGAUCUGCUGCCUGAUGAGCCCUGCCUGCCCAAGCACCAGCCCUGCAAUGGCGUCAUCCGGACGUGAGCACCCCUGGGCACGUGGACAGACAGACGGACAGACGGGCGGGUGGGCAUUGUGCCCGUGGAGGCACGAGUGCAGGGCGCCGAGUGUGAAACCGUACUGAAGGAUCUUCCAGUGGAACUAUGUGAUGGUGCCUGGAGAUUUAUGUUGUUGACAAGCUGUUCAGGGUAAAAAGAAAAAAAAGAAAAAAAAAAGACACUUUUUUUUUCCAUCAAUUUUUUUUUUUUUAAAUUUUUUUUUCCCCCUAUUGCUGUAUGAAAAGUCAAGAAGCACUGUUUGGCCUGAAGGAACUAAUCUCUUGCCAAGAUGAUCUAUCCUAGAUGAUUUUUUGUUUGUUUGUUUGGUUGGUUGGUUUUUUUUUGUUUACUUUCCAUUUUGUUAGGGAUUUUUCCUUUACUAAGGAGAAUGUUGAACCUGGGGGAUGCUGACCUCCCAGCCUCCGCGUUCCGAGUGCCACAGUAACCGUUCUGUGCCUGCAAUACGAAGAAAAGAGAAAAAGAAAACUUCCUUUAAAAAAAAAACAAAAAAAAAGUGUCAAGAAUGUGGAAAUUCUUCGCUUAUGCAAUCUGUACAUGAACCUUUUUGGUGGAGCUGAAAAGCCACGUUGCCUGCAGGGAUUCAUAUAUUUAUAAAAAUAUCUAUAUUUUUGUUGUCGUCGUUUUUAUAGCUUCACGAUCAUACUACCCAGCUACAUAGAAGGAAUCCUUUCUGGAAGAAGAGAGAACAAAGCUAAGUAAAAUGCAAAUUUGUCAUGGAGAAAUGAAAGUAAAAAUGGUGAAAAAGAGAUGGUCAAGUCAUCUGAAGUGUCAGCGCCUUGGCCCUUGCACGGGGCUGGGAGCGACGGGUCGGUGCCAGGGCAGGAGCAGAGCCCAGGGAUGGCAGAGACCUGUGGGGUCCCUGGGGAGCAGAGCAUCACACCCUGACCUUUGAGACCAGCCAGCUGGGGGGGAAAAAAGGAAUAAAUCUCAUUUUUGGGGUUUGCCUGUUCUUGCUUGCCAGGGGUGAGUGGGGGGAGCAGCUCCUCCAUGCACCCCUCAUGGCCAGAGGUUUGGCUCCAUCUACAUGCAGUGACUUGGAGAAAGAAGUUACGGGUACCUGUAGGCAAGAGCCUUUAACUUAUAUCAAAAAGGUUUAUUCCAGAGAAUCUGUGUAUAUAUCUAUAAAUAUAUCGUGUAUAUAUAUAAAUAAAUAUAUUGAAAGAAAAGAAUGUAUAAUACUAAUGCAACGUAAAGCAGUACUGAGAGAGAGUCUCAAAAUACGAGCAUUGCAAUCUAGGAUAUACUGAUCUGGGCAAAAGAAAAGAUGUUUUUGAUUGUCUGUUUUGUAUCUUCACAGUUUUGUUUUAAAAAUUGUACCUUAACAUGUAUAUUUGUAAAGUUAUUUAUAGACAUUAACAUAUCUGUUCAUUGGUUUAAAUAGCAUAGCGUUACUGUAAACUUUAAAUUUCACCAAACUUAAGGGUGUUUUUUUUAACUUAUUAAAAUGGAGAAAAAAUAUAUUAAUCAAGUUUUUUCUUUGUGUUUAUGGGAAAUAUUGAAAGAAUGUAUAGAUGUACAGUCCUUUAACAAAUUACAUUUAAUGUUAUAAAUAUAUAUAUGUAUUCAUUAAAAAAAUAUUAGUUUAUCCUGGAUUGCAGUGAGCAAAGGUAAGUUUAUUUUUCAAUACAUCACCAGUGGUUAAAACCAAACAAAUAGCAGCAGAGAGAUGAUUUUUACGCAUUUCAGAAAAACAGGGCCAAGAAUUCUUCCAUCAGUUUAACCACUGUGCAUUAAGGGGGUGUGGGUGUUUAUUUUUCUAUUUUCAAAUGAAGGUAUUCUUUGUGGUCAAUUUAAUAACAAGUAUGCAGCAAAGUGAAAUGUUGACUUUGGAUGGUGCAGGGUAGGUUUUUUUCUCUCCCCUUUGCCAGUACUGUUGUAUUUUGGGCUUCAGAAAUGCCAUGUGAGCAAAAUAGUGACACUGUUUGCAGGAGAGCUGCUACAGCUGCAUAUUUCUUUUGCAUCUAACACAUGGGAAAGUGCCAGUGAUGCCUGAUUUUUGGUGUUUAGAAUGCUAUGCUGUUUUGUUCCUCAACACCAGAUAGCUGUGUAAAAGCACAGGAGUGACCUAAAGAAUGUUAGCAUGGAUCAAGCUGACGGUGGAAGAUGUUUGGGCUGAGGAUUUUUUGUGGGUGGGUUGUUGUUUUUUUUUUUUUGUCCAGAAGACUUCUUUAUGUACUACCAGAAGAGGCAAAGCAAAUUACAGCCUGAAUUCUUUCUUUUCAUUUUUCUCUGGUGCAUAUUGCAUAUCAGUGUUUCAGAAUAACAGAAUGACAGCAUCUCAUUGAAAGAUUUUUUUUCUUCUUAGAGCCACAGAAUCCUUAUCCUAAAAUAAAUAAUUUAUAGUUUGAGGUUACUUCAGUGGAAGUUUGAGAAGGUAGAUUUCUAUAGAUUUUUGUUUUGUUGGAAUAAAAAAAAAAGAAUUUUUUGGUAUUUUCUUACAAAUGUCUGCUAAUUGUGUACAUUCCAAGUACUCGAAGCAAAGAGUUUUCCUGUACUGAAAAAAGAAAAUGUACAAAACUGUGCAUGGUUUUAAAUGUUACUAGAUAUUAUAAAUAUAUAUAUAAUUUAUUGAGUUUUUACAAGAUGUAUCUGUUGUAGACUUGUUGACUUUAACAUUUCUUAUUCAAUGCUUAUAUAGUUUUAUAGCCUGGACUAUUAUCUUUAAAAGCUUAAAAAAAAUUAAAAGUUCCAAUUUUGUUACAUUUUAUACUGUUGAUGUUACAAUCCACAGGUUUGCAUAGUGUGAUUUUUUGCAAUGAGCAACUCUGUUCAGUUUAUUUUAAUACUGUACUUCUGUGCCUGACAGCUGCAGCUGUCAAAGGUGUGAGAUGAACACUAAAUAAAACUAUUCUGCUUUUGUUAACAUGGGAAACUUACUUCUACCAAAAAAAAUAAAUAAACAAGUUGAUAAA